ACCUUCCCAACCGCGCGGCCGGGCAGGGGCAAAGGUGAAAGUGCCAAAGCGGAACCAUAACCCACGGAAGACUGUUUCCUGGCGGACUGUUUUUAAUGUAACCUCUUCGUUGAUUCCACCACCCACCGCAUUUGUUCCUCUUUUUUUUAAAUUAUAGCUUGUUUCAGGAUGCCUUCCGAAAGUUUACGAUGGGAAACUUUAGAGGCGUUAAAAAAUUCUCCCAAAGGAAAAGUGGUGUUUGACCCUCGCUGGUCGGAACGGGGCGAGCAUAUUUUAGCUGGAUGUACAGAGACCCUCGGGUUAUCGUCACACGCCAGGGUCAUACUGGAGCGGAUCGAUCCAGUGUCCCUACAGAAGUCCUCCUUCCUGGAUCAGAGAAUCACAGCAGAAGAAACUCCAGCCUCAGGUUCCUCUACAAGCUCCGUCAACGAUCUCAAACACCGCAUCCUCUCUUCAGCUCUUUCGCUAAACCAUGAUUACGACCAGACUGUUUGUGAUGAGGUGCAGAGUGAAAGUCCAGAGGCAGAUGACGUCAGCGACGUUUCCAAUCCCGUGCCAUUGCCUGUCAUGUCCCUGCUGUCUCCUAAAGCCAUGGAGACCGCCGGAUGCAUCAUCCUGUUUGAAGAAGGGCAGCGGAAAAAGGCAAAGAUGGCGCUCAGGUUGCGACAGGAGGAGCAGGAGAAGCUGGUGGAGGCUGCUGCCAACGCUGAGUCAGAGCAGCUAAAACGCUUUGAGGAGCUCAUGGAGCUGAAGCAGAGGCAGGAGUUCCAGAGUAUGAGGGACAUGAUGGACCGAGAAAUCAAAGAGAUCAUGGGCCGUCAAGAGAAACUGAAGGAGGAGCAGAGGCACAGAACGAGGCUCAUGAACCUACGUUUAAGGGAGGCAGAGCUUGAGAAGCAGAGGCAGACGGAGGGCAGGGAGCGACUGCGUAACCUCAACAACAUCCAGGAGGAGAUCCUGCAGCUCAACCAGCUGCUGGAGCCGUCCUCCCAGACCGACUCUGAGCUCUCAGCCAGCAGCCUUGGCUCCUACAGCGCCCGCGGGAACCAUCUGUGCUCCCAGGUUUCAGAGGUCGCGAGGAAGACGGCCGAGGGGGAGUUCCCCAGCAUGGAGGACAUGACCGUGGCAGAGCGAACCCUCCUGGAUAUGAGAGCCCUGAUCAGGCAGAUGCAGCAGGAGCUGGUCCGAGCUCAGGAAAGAAAGAAGGAGCAAGAGCAGGAGGAGCAGCGCAGGAAGGAGGAGCAGGUUCAGGCACAGCAGGAGGCGAAGAGGAAGGCAGAGCAGGCGGCCAAAGAAAAGGCUCAGAAAAAAGGGCUGCAGAACAGCGCUGAAGACGGCACCAUGAAGUGGUACAAAGAGCUGCAGAACUCUGCAGCUCGCUGCGCUCAGGCCUGCCAGCAGCUCCAGUCCCCCAAAGACGCCCAGACAAAAACAUUGAAGCUGGAGCUCCAGAAAGCAGCCACCAUCCCUGUCAGUCAAAUCUCCACCAACUCCGGAUCGCAGCUGCGAGAAAUCUUCGACAGGAUCGACAAGCUGCUGUCCGGACGGCCCGUGGUGUCCGGCGGGAGGUCGGUGUCCACCUCGCAGCAUCCACAGGCGCUGGAGUUCGUCAGCUACAAGCUGGCUGAGAAGUUUGUGAAACAAGGUGAAGAGGAAGUAGCGUCUCAUCACGAAGCAGCUUUCCCCAUCGCCGUCGUGGCCUCGGGCAUCUGGGAGCUGCACCCUCAGGUGGGCGACCUGAUCCUGGCUCACCUGCAUAGGAAGUGUCCGUAUGCCGUCCCGCACUACCCCCCGAUGAAGGACGGCACACCUGUGGAGGAAUACCAGAGGAUUCUUGGUUACCGUGUAAACGACUCUGGGGUCGAAGGUCAGGACAGUUUUCUGAAGAGAAUGUCUGGGAUGAUCCGACUCUACGCUGCUGUGAUCCAGCUCCGGUGGCCCUUCGGCUCAAGACCAGGGGCGGUGCCUCAUGGCCUGAACCACGGCUGGCGCUGGUUGGCUCAGAUGCUCAACAUGGAGCCUCUGGCGGACAUCACUGCUACGCUGCUGUUUGACUUCCUGGAGGUUUGUGGUCACGCGCUGAUGAAGCAGUAUCAGGGUCAGUUCUGGAAGCUCAUCCUGCUGCUGACACACGAGUACUUCCCCAGAAUCGAAGCCGUGACCAGCAGCGGGCAGAUGGGCUCAGUCAUCAGGCUGAAGAAGUUCCUGGAGACAUCGCUGCAGAACCGACAGAUCAGUCAGCCCAAAGGUCAGCUGAGCUCCACCUUCUGGAGGUCGUGAUGGAGGUCGUGAUGGAGGUCGUGAUGGAGGUCGUGGUGGAGGUCGUGGAGCUUCAUGAUGUCUGUAAGACCUGAAUAAAUCAGACCAGUGUGGAAGCAGCUGCUGGUCUGGUGCCAGAGAGCUGUGGUUCUUAGCUAACCUCUCCGUGGGCGAAUACACACUGAAGAGCUAUUAAACACUUUUUUUGUACUUUUUAAUUUUCUUCUCAUUAGUAAAGGAACGUUUAACUUAUGAAAUAUUUUCUUCUACAUAAACAAAUCAGAUUUUUGCUGAAGCAGAAUAAAGAUCAGCAUCAUGGAGUGUUUCAGCUGAAAUCUCUCCUAAAUGAAGAAACUUUAUCCAGGAUGUGACGCACACACACACACACACACACACACACCUGUCCAGCCUACACCCAGGACUGUAAGCUGCUCAUGGUUUAUGUGCUGCAGCCUGAGCUUUGUUUGACUUUAGUUUAUAUCUAAGUUAGUUCUUUUACAGCUUCAACAUUAACCGUGCCUGUGUAACAGAUCUGGACUCGUUUUUUCAUAAGUCCACCGUGUGGAACUAAAGGUUUGAUCAGCUGUUGUUGAAUCAUUCAGGAUGAAAUUUGUUCAAAUUUACAAAACUGUGCAAUAAACAAAAUGAGAAUCCGCACACUUCAAUCUGCGAUGUAGGAGUUUACUGGUCAAGCUUUCGGUCAGAGACCUUCAUCAUGAAUUCCGGAUUCUCGUUUUGUUUAUUCCACUUUUUGAUCCAGCACCUUUUCCCAGAUGAGCGGUGACUCCUUCUACAAAACUGUACAAUAAAAACAUUGAAGAAGAAAUUAGAUUUUUUUUGUCCAACCCAGUAAGUCCUCAAAAUCCACUUGAUUUUACUGAUAAACUGUAUAAAUGAGGGCCUAAUUGGUCUGUAGACAUGUGGUCAUUCAUUACUUUGUUCUUCUUUUACACGGUUUAGUAAAUGAAGUUUUUUUUUAACCUGACUUGUUUUGACUAACGCCUCUAGUCAUCAUCAGAGUUCGUCGGUGUUGGUGGCGUCCCUGUAGAUUAUGACUAGAGGCGUUAGUCGAAACAUGUCUGGUAAAGUUUUUUUUUACUAAACUGUGUAAGAAAUAAAGUAAUGGAUCCCAAAGUUAAACAGAAUAAAUGCACAAAAGAUGUGUGGUCAUUAUUUUGGCAUUUUAGUCCAUCUUAAAUGUUUCAUCAGCCGUUGCUUCUGGAUAGGAGUGCCCAUGGCGUUACCUGUGCUGUCCUACGUAGCAGCAAUGGACUGGACCGCCGCCGAGUCAGCCACGCCUCCGCUGGCUCGGAACCGCUUGCCUCUUUAGAGAAAAGUCGCUUGUUUUUUUUGUUUUUUUUCCGGAACUGCGCUGCCCUGGGCGGCUGCAUGUUGGAGUAGCUCUGUUGACUAAAUGUAAGUUUUGCCUUUUCUUGGACAUUUUUUCUUCUGGUUUCUCAAUAAAAACUGUAUUUUUG